AUGCUGCCAAAACAUUGCUGAAAUUGUUUACUGCUUGGAAGCCUGGUCGAUUGAUGGUUGUUACACUUUUUACAGCCAGUGCGACAGGGUAGGUUACGGUAGUUUGGGUUGCAAGCAACCUUGUUUGUGACUGGUGCGCAACUGAAAACUGCUUCGCAGUGCCAAAACGGAUAAAGCUACGUGUAUCUCUACACUUCAGCCCGCCCCAAUCAACUGUAUGAACUCGUGUGUGGAAAUAGAUCCGUGUUUGAGUUGAUGUAACGGUGGUAAACAGUUACAGAGAGUAAGCUACCUUUCGGAGAAUAGGUGGAACAUGCUGCUUAGAGUUGUUUGCUUCUUUCGUCGAUAAUUUUUUUGGGGGUUCCUCGAAUAUAGUGGAAGAGUCGAGGAAGCCAAAUCUAAUUCGGCGACAUUGACUUUCGCUGAAGGCUAGUCAGACAAGCACUUGCGAGAACAGAAUCUGAAUCCCAAGCAUCGGACGAUUUACGUAAGCAAGCUAUCCACCUCUAACAACAAGGUGUCCUGGCUUGGAUUAUAACCUACCUUACCUACAUCGCAGAUUGUAAGCGUGCCAAUUAGAAGAGUGCCACAGAGACCCACACGGGCCCAGCGGUGCAGCAUGUGAUGACCCACGCCCGGAACAAAGGUUCCCUCAGCCAGAGCCGCAGCACAGGGAGGCGGGAAUACUGCCCCCAUAGGCCACAUGGUGAGACCAUGGGCUGGGCCUGGCCUGAGCGCACACUGCGAUUUGGCAGGACCAUGAAGAAGGGCGGGACCAAGCAAGGAAGGGGAGGGGCUAAAGAGAUGAUGGACAAGAGGGAGAAGACACGAGAGCGAAACAAGAGGCGGAGCAGGAAGUCCUAUCCCUUGCGAGGAAGGGGAGGGGCGACAGAGGAAGAGGGACUUAGCUGUCAUGUUUUACUUACCCGAUUGGAGGAGGACAUCCGGGAACAAGAGGAAAGCAGCGAGAGGUGGAGUGAUUCGCCCGAUCAGCCGCUGGUCAAAACAGAGCAAGCGAAACGGAGCAAAAAACUGAGCAAAGGAAACGACAAAGCCAAGAGGAAACUCACGGCUAAGAAGAUGAUACCAAAAACUAAAUCAAAAUCAAAAACCACCAUUAACAAGCAGGAAUCGCCAUUUCCGGAGCCACGUAAGCGACGGCUAGCUUCUCUCAAUGCCGAGGCAGUGAACAGUCUAUUGUUGGAGAGACCCUGCGAAGCCCAGCCGGCUGCCAAACAGGCCAGAAGACAGCAAGAGGAGACCACCAGCAGUGAGCCAACCUUUGGGAUGGAUCCAGCAAGGGGAGGCCUGGCCGGAGGUCCUAAAACUCCAAAAGCCAGCAGCAGCAAGGCCUCCACAUCACACAAGUCAGAAAUGUGCCAAAGGUCCAAGAAGGUCCCCAAGAAACAAGCCAAACAGGACAGAGGAGAGAACGAGACCGGGAUGAUGACUCUGCAGAUGCUACAUGCCCCUGCUCCUCGCCGGCUAGCCGGACUCAACGCUGCUGCGUUGCUAAAGUUAACAAGCACAUCCGCGACCAGCAAACAGCGAGCGAGAACGACGUUGACUGCUACGACGGGCGACAGCAAGGCCACAAGCCCCGUGACGGUCGUCACAAAACCGAAGCAAACGAGACUGAGCCUGGCGCCGCCUAAACACAAGGGGAGGAAGUUGAUUCCGGAACAGGGAGGCUGUUCAACCUGCAAGAAGUCCAACUUUGAGCCCAAAGUGGAGUGGGAGUCUGACGGCUGCACCCAUCGGCUAACCAAACCUGGCUACCAGGCCCGCAGCAUGCUAGCCUACCCGCUAAAGCCCCUGGUCAAAGAGGAGCAGGUGGAGGCGGAGCUGAGCCCGUACUACUGCUGCCACCCGGAGGGCUCAGUGGAGUACUGCCACCCACUGGCCUUGUUCCUGGGUCAGAAGGCAUACCCUGACUCGGAGGAGCGACCUUUGAACUCUCCCAUGACCUCUGUGAAGCGGGAGUGCCUGGUGACGACUCCCUCCAUGGCCCACGCCCACCCGCAUGCAGCCUUGACCCUGAGCCCGCACCCGUGUCUCUGCUCGGCUGACCCUGCCUGCUUCUCCAGCUACUACGUCCACAUCGCCCACCCCACGCACCCCGGGGCUCCAUCGACCGCCCUCGGCUCGCGACCACUGAACUUUGGUCCGUCAGCGCUGUGUCCCGGCAGGGUGCCUGGCUCCAAGCUAAUGGGUCCCCCGGUGUCCCACGCCUCGACGCUGGCCCACCCGGCCUUCUGUGGCUCGGUGGGGCCCUGUUACAGCGAGGCCUGCCAGGUCAGCGGCUACGCCUACAGAGCCAUGCAGCCAGUGAACAGCAGGGGGUGCUCUUUCUCCACAGGCUGCUCCGGUUGUACCCAUAGCAUCAAGACAGAGAGUUACUCCUCCCCCAAAGGCGAGCACAGCCCCUCCACUCUGGUAUCCCCCUCCCUCCCCCUCUCGGGCUGCCCCCUCCCCACCGCCCCCUCAUCCACCCAGGCCAAGCCCUGUCUCCUCACCCCCCUGUCCGACCGCAGUGUACCCCAGGGCCGGCUGAAGCUAGCUAGGGAGUGCCCUCAGAACACCAAGCCCCCCCACGGCUCUCUGUCCAUGGGGAGGACCAGGCUGUUGCAGAAGCAGCCAGCCCCGACGCCCAGCCUGUCUCCGGCCAAGCAGAAGAGGGUCAGCCACCGACGUCCCACCAACGGGUGGCUGCCUGUGGGAGUGCCCACGGAGAAGGAAGUGUUCAUUGCGGGGGAGGACGAGACGGCCUUGCGGCAGUGUUACGAAGGAGUGCAGCGAGACGGCGAAGUGAUACGCGUCCGAGACACGGUGCUGCUGCGCUCAGGUCCCCGGAAGAAGUCCCUGCCCUACGUCGCCAAGAUAUCAGCGCUCUGGGAGGACCCCAAAUCUGGAGAGCUAAUGAUGAGCCUGUUCUGGUACUAUCGACCUGAACACACACAGGGAGGCCGGGACCCCAGCAUGCACUGUGAGAACGAGAUUUUUGCCUCUCGGCAUCAGGACGAGAACAGUGUGGCCUGUAUCGAAGACAGAUGCUAUGUACUCCCACUAGCGCAGUACUGUAGAUUUUGUGCCUUGGUGAAGCGGCGUGCGGAGGGGGCACCCCCGGGCGCUGCCAGAGUGGUCCCCUGCCCCUCGGACUUCGAUCCGCCCAACCACCGGCAGGUGCCGGCCAACGUCGACCCGGAACUGGUGUACCUCUGUCGCCAUGUGUACGACUUCCGCUAUGGGCGCAUCCUCAAGAACCUGCAGUAGGGGGAGGGGGCUGCGAAACGAGACACACCCCCACGCAGACACAACCACACCACUAGCGAGCACACACGCUCCUACACGCGUGGCCGAUGGGUGAUAGGGGGAACCCCUGAAGUACUUUGUGGGGGGACCGUGAAUUGACCCUUGACCCCUGAUUGCAUCAACUGGAGGUUGAAUGCUGAAGUAUUGAAGCGGGGGACAUGGAUAUCUUAGUUCCCAGAACGAAGCGUAAAGGGGCGGGUAAAGAAGUACGGUAGCCCCCCCCCCCACACACACACACACACACACACACAAAACUGAAACCAGACAGGCUUGGAGAGGUGGAUUCUUUCACCGAGAUCUGCUCCUCCACAUCACUUACAGAGGUAGCGGUCCCGGGUAAACAUGUUCUGCUGUAUCAGGACCCUAUUAUACAUCAACACGCACCAACUGAACUGCUGAUGACCAUACCAAGGAGAGGAACUGCACUACCAGAGCGACGCCGGGCUCAUGUCAUUGUUUUAGAGAGAGCCCGGCAAUGAAAGCCCUUCUUCUGUUUUUCUUUACAUGUAUUUGUCCCUGAGAAGACUGCGAUCGAGAUGAGCAUUUGGAGCACGUGCACGGCCUGUCGGGGCUGCAUUGAAACCACGUGCGCAGGUUCAGAAAGGAAGUGGAAGUCUCACCUUCCUCUCAGCUUGUUUGUGAGAACAGAAAACGGCGAUGACACACUAUUCUGAAGUACCUGAAAUAAUGCCCUGUUCCCUAUAUAAUGUCCUGCUUAGGGCUUUGGACAGAGAACCUUCAUUAUAUGGAGAAUAGGGUGGUUUGAGAUCAGACCCCCAACCCUGACCCCGUUUUGUUUUCUGUUUGUGAAUGACUAUUGUCAUGGUGAUUUUGUCCCAACUGUCCAUUGGAGAGCCCUGUAGUAGAAAAGCUGACUCCUACCCUGCUCUUCCAUGGACACCCGAGGAGGGCUGACGUCAGUGCUCAACCUUCCGGAGACGUUUGAAGAGUGGAAAGCUCCGGGACGUUGAAAUGGAAAUGGACCGUAUUGCUUAUUCUACAUGUCUAUGUUAACGUGGCUUCUUACAACUGAAAUGUUGCACGCUCCUGAACCCCUGCUGCUCCCCGAGACUUGCCUUAUGACUUGCAGGUAGAGCUUUAGGCAGCUAGUCCCACACCGUAGACAGCAGAUGGUAGAACGGACAACAGCCAGAACCCGUCCCCCUGAGCAGAGGGACAUUGACAGGACACUGAAAAGACAUCUCUCCGGUUGAAGUGAUAUUGAAAAGACGUUGAAAAGAUGCCUUUCAGAGAACUCCGCUCAGCGGGGACCACCUGGCCCUCGGUCCAGGCGGUGUGUGCGACCUAACACUUUGCCGUGGUUUGUUUGCGCAGAAACACGGAGAAUCGCCGAGGCGUUCUGAGCGUUAAGCGUCAAUCCCUUCAACAUUCCAACUCGGGACAUCCAAAACGCCACUGGUCCAUGUGUCCAUUCUACUCUUUCUUAUUCUAGCCCCCCCCCCCCCCCCACCCCCCCAAGCUCUGCCCUCUCCACGAUAAACCAAAGGAUGUCACAAAGCAGAGCACCACUCUUCCUCCUGCCCCUCCCUCCCCCUUUCGUCUCCCCCCUCCCUCGUUAGAUUGCACUAAUCCAUUCCUUAAUUAGAACGUGUAUGAUUGUGUUCUGAUUUAUGUUCAGCUACUAAUAUAUUAUAUUAUUAACGGGGGACAAUACUGUGUAUUAUAACUGUCUGUGUGCUUAGUAGAGAAUGGAAACUAAGGCUGUGUUAUGGCAACUUUAUCAAUGCAGAACUACUUCAUGGGUUUUACCUUCCGAGACGUCCGCCAGCAUACUAUCUGCGUGCCACUUCCGGGGGUGGACUGCCUAACUCUUGAGUGAGCUUCCUGGGUCACGCAGGCUUUCACUCCGACCCUGCUCUAACCCCUUACUAGGGGAUUCCGCUGUUAAUUGAAGUCGGGCUGGAGUGAAAAGCCUGUAUACCCUGUUGCUCUCCAGGAAGAGGGAUGACCCCCUUGGCGUAUUUCUUUACCGAAAAUCCAACCUACCUGUCAUCCACUUAAUGGAAUAAUAUGUAUGAUGAUCAGUCAUUCCUGCAAGGGAGUGGAUCCAUUCUGGCGUUUUUGGUGUUUACACACUCUGUCCAGAUGGGUCGUCAGGUAUGCGUUGGCGUCUUGGUGUAACUUGCUGUGCGGAUCAAUGUAAUGUGAUGUUCCAGAGGUUUCUGUUGGAAUCUUCUGAAAAAUGUCUUUUUGAUACGCAUUUUUUGAGCAGUUUUUUUUUUUUACCACAAUCAUUCGACAUUGCCUUGUAACCUUCUGUCUGCCACAUCUAGUCAAAGAGAAAUGGCAGUGUCUGACGGUUUUAGUUAUUAUAUAGGAAUGAGUACUGUGGAUUGCUUUCUUGCUCCACAAAUGUUCUAUUGCUGGACUUUGCAUCUAAUCUGCAACGUUUUGAAUAAUACCCAAAAGCCAUCACAGAUGUUCUCCUAUCUAACAGUUUGAAAUCCACCCCAAAAUAGACUAAAAAAAGCUUGUAUCUGAAGUUAUAAUAUGGUAGAAAUGUUAACAUUUUCAAUAGGUAUUUUCUUCUUAUUGGUGCCCAGAUUCUUUAAAAAGUAAUAUAUUCUCCUACUUUACAAUCUUUCCUUAUUGAAAAUAUUUUAUGUCAAUUUCUCAAGAUGGCAUAUGCAAUAUAUUUUUCAGAGGGACUAUUUUUGACAAAUGUAUGUGUAAAUUGCAGAAGAUGGAAAAGAACAUUCUUUUUAAUUUAAUAUUAGAUUUGUUUUGAAUUGGAAUCACAACCCCUCUCAUUGUUCCAGGAAAAGGAAAAAUGGAAGUGUUUCUUUUAGUUUAAUUAAUUUCUGAAAUGGUUUGGAACAUGAUAUCUGAGGUCCCUACCUAAAAAAGAAAAAGAAAGAAAAAAAUAUAUAUUUUAGUUCCACUUUAUUUUACAGUCCAGUAUUUACCUGGUAUUUUCUUUGAAUUCAUAUGGUAUCAUGGUAGUUCUCAAUUAAUUACUUAACCAUGACAAUUUAGUUUCUUAAGUUUCAUUGGAAAAAUUACAAGUAGGUUCCUUAACAUUACCAACUGAGCAGAAUGUUUUGUUAUUAUCAAAAGAGCGAAAGAGCUAUUUAAGACACAAACCUACUCUCCACUUUACUGUGGGCUUUGCAUUGAUUUGCAUUUGUUAACACCUAAUUUCCUUCUUAAUACUAGAUAAAUACCAGCUAAAAGAGGACUGUAUAUAGAGUUUUAUGAAAUAUAACAUGUACAUACAAUAUCUGAAUUCUGAUCUUGUGGCCCCUGACCUUCUGUACACUUGCAGACAGACAUUGCACCGUAGUAGUAUUUUUGCAAGACCUGUAGCUAAUGAUUAUAUUGAAAAGUAUUAAAUAAAUAUUUAAAUGGAGUAAACAAUACAAUAUAUAAAGAUUUCAAUUUAACUUAUUUGGAAAAUGUGUUUAAUUAAUUGAAAAAAGUUAUGUUGCUAAGACUCUUAUCGUCAAAAAUGAUUUGUUUCUUAUUUCUUUUGUAUCUUAUGAGUUUUCAAGAUGAAAUUAUUGAAUCGAGAUUCACAGAGGUUGUAGUCAUUUGUAUUUUGCUAGCUAGCAGUUUGUGCUAGAUGCUGUAUUACGGCCCUACCAGACAAUGGCAAAAGUGGGUAUAGCAGAAACAGACUGGCACUAGAUUUAGCUUCUGUCUAGAGAUGCCUACGGGCAUCAUGGGUGAAUAAGACCAAAGCACAUCUUGACACCAAGUUAGUUAGUUAAAAGUUACACGCUAAACAUGUAUCCAGGAUCAAAUAUUUCCUCACUUCCUUUGUAGUAAUAGAUAUGGUUGGAGGUGUAGAUCAGUGGUUGGGGGAGUGAAACUUCGACCCGGUGUUGUCUUGGCUGACCUUAGAGUUUUGUGUGGUUGCCAUGGGAACAGAGUCACCCCGAGCCCUACCCUAAUCGAUCUGUCCAAUUACAGGACAGAGUCACUUUACACCUGUGACGUCCCUUCGCGGAGGUGUUCUGUCUUGUGGGGUUUCGCUUUUCAAAUGUUCUGUGACGUCGAAAAACUACCAAUUUAACUAAUUUACUUUUGGAUUUGGGGCUCAUCGUUUUCUCACGGGUGGAUUCAGGGGACGGGUUUCAGAUACUGACUCGGUCGUGAUCCUCUGUCCUGCACCAUCUUGCGAAUCAGAUGGAUAUUGGCUUCACUCCCAAGGGUGUAUGUUUACAGAUCUUUGCCCUUAGAGGGAGCCACGUGACGUUUCUAGAGCAGUAAACCGUGACUCCGUCCCAAAGCUCUUUAACGUUUCUGUUCCUCAUGGCCUUCGUGGAGGUCAACCGUGAGGGAGAAUAGACACAGGAAGGAGACUAAACGAGGCCUGUGGGUGAUGAAAGGAGACGCCGGAUUACGUUGGGACUAUUGGGACAGAGUCGUUGUGGCUUACUUACGGUUUCCGUGGUUACACGGGUCAGACACUCCUGGUCUCUGAUAUCCACUGUACAUUCACACACACCCAGGAAGUGUUUUUCUCUCCACUAGUCAAAACGAAUCCCCUGACCAAGGCCUGAAACUCUGCUUUUUGUGUUCUUCUGUAUUACUGCUAAAUGUCAGCAUAUAUAUUUUGAUAUAUUUAAAAAAACGGGGAUCUAAAAGUCUAGAUAUUUUUGGAGUAGAGAAAGGAUGUGUGUAUCAGAUAAUUGUUACUGUCAUGCUCUCUGAAAAUCUCUUGAAUUUUUGGAAAGAACUCUAGCAUCUCUGCUGAUUUAAUGUUCCAUUGAAAGACUAUUUAUAAAGUUUAAGUCCUUUG